GAUUUCAAAUUCGGGGAAAAAAAACAACUUGUAGGAAGUUUUUGUUGUUUGUGUUGUGAAUGUGUGUUGUGUGUCAUUUCAGUUAUUUUGUAGAUAUUUAUUUUAGAUCUUGAUAGAUCUAUUUGAUCUACCAAAAUGCCAAAGCGUCCCAGCCGAAAAGGCCCAAGAAAGGCGGUCCUAGAGGAUACUCUGUUAAUGACAGCAGUUACUAGAUAUUUUAAACUUGCUGGCGUUGUUUCUGCAGUUUGGUUUGUUGGUUAUUUCAAAUUUUCGGUUAGCUGGUUAUGGCUUUUGCUGGUUGUUUAUAUUUGGAAGGAAAGGCAUACUAAAGAAAGGCAAUAUAAAACAGCUAUAUCACAGCAGCUUUCUACUGAUGAGAAAUCUGUAAUUCUUGCUCGUGUUGAAGAUUUGCCUUCAUGGGUUCAUUUUCCAGAUGUGGAGCGAGCUGAAUGGGUCAAUAAGAUUCUGUAUCAGCUUUGGCCAUAUAUUGGAGAAUAUGUUGAAAUCAUUCUCAGAGAAAAUGUGGAGCCAGCCAUUCGAUCAAGCCUUCCAGCGGCCUUUCAGUCCUUUAAAUUUAGCAAAAUAGAUCUUGGUGACAUACCUCCUCGUGUGGGUGGUGUUAAAGUUUAUUCUCAAGUGAAAAGAGAUGAGAUCUACAUGGACUUAGAAGUUAACUAUAGUAGUGACUCCAAUAUAGCUGUCAGUGUCAAAGGCAUUAAUGCUGGUCUUAAAGAUUUGAGGCUCCAUGGCAUACUGCGUAUUGUUUUUAAACCACUCAUAAACAGCAUGCCUUUAAUUGGAGGAAUACAAGUGUUUUUUCUGAACAACCCAGAGUUGAACUUUGACCUCACAAGUCUUGCUAAUGCUUUUGAUUUGCCAGGCUUGAGUGAUAUCUUACACUCAAUCAUUCAAGAACAAAUAGCUAACUUCAUGGUGUUGCCAAAUCGUUACCCACUUCAAUUGAUACAGAGCAUAGAUAUCAAUAAACUACGUUACCCACUACCUCAGGGAGUAAUUAGAGUCAAAAUACUUGAAGCUAAAGACUUGAAAAAAGCAGACAUAGGAUUUACUGGCAAAGGAAAAUCAGAUCCAUAUGUUGUGAUCAGAGUGGGAGCUAAAGAAGUCAAAACAAAAGUCAUCAGUAACACAGUUACCCCUGUUUGGAACCAAACAUUUGAGAUGAUUGUGGAUGCUGCUGAUGGUCAGCUACUUUACCUUGAUGUUUUUGACGAGGACCCUGGCAGUAAGGAUGAUGACCUUGGCAGGGUGAACAUGGAUUUGUCUAAACUUCGUGAGAACAGUUUUGCAGAUGAGUGGCUCCCACUUGAAGAAGUCAAUCAAGGCAUGAUCCAUGUGCAGCUAACUUGGCUGUGGUUAGCCAAUGAUCCGCUGGAGCUGGACAGGGUACUUCAACAGGUGCUGGAACAAAAUAAGGAAGUGGAUGACAGUCAUGUUGGUUUACUUCUGGUCUUCUUGGACUCUGCACGUAACUUGCCAAGAGGUAAAAAGUCACUGCAAGAACCGUCCCCUCAGGCUACAAUCAGUGUUGGACAGCAAAAGUUUGACAGCGCUAUCAAGUACAACACCAUUGAACCCAAAUGGGAGGAGAACUACAGGUUCUUGUUGCGAAACCCUAACUACCAGAACCUUGAAAUUGAACUGAAGGACUCCAAGACUAAGAAAGUCAUUGGUGGCAAAGUCAUCAAACUGAAAGAGUUGCUGGAUGCUGAAGACAUGAUUCUUGAUCAGAAGUUUCACAUCAAGACUUCAGAAACUGACAGCUAUCUACAGAUGAGGCUGUGUCUCAGGAUUCUGACACCAACAGCUAACCCAGAAUGGACAGAUGACCAGGAAGAAGAUGACUUGUUGAACACAAAGAAAACUGAAGAAAUCAAACAAAAUGGAUCUUCUGUGGAUGACCAACAGCUAGAGAAGGUUCCAGACACAGCCAAUGGGACAGCUUCAAAACCUUCCAAUAAUGGGGCUGUUGAUUCAAAACCAGUUAAACCAGUUGUAGAGGGUGAUAUUGUGCCAGUUGUUUCAGACACUCAAGAAAGUGGCAUGAGACUGAGAAAAUCUACCAGUGGCACAGGAAGUCAUGGCAUUGGCCGUAUUCAGAUGACUUUCAGAUACAGUCACCAGAAACAGAAGCUGUAUAUAGUCAUACACAAAUGCUCUAACCUCAAGCCAGCACAAGGUGAUAGUAAAAACUUGGCUGACCCAUAUGUCAAACUGUACUUACUGCCGGAAAAAUCCAGUGCUUCAAAGAAACGUACAAAGAUCAUGAAAGACAACUUGAAUCCAGUUUUUGAUGAAACGUUUGAUUACUCAGUCUCUGUUCAGGAAUUGGUCAAGAGGACCUUGGAGGUGUCAGUGAAAAAUGAAGUUGGUAUGUUCUCAUCCUCAGAAACAAUGUUGGGCAAAGUGCGGAUUAACCUUGCAAGUCUAGAUGUUAGCAAGGCCAUCACUGAAUGGUUUGAUUUAUCCCCUGAAAAUGAACCAAAGUCUGAAUCUUUUGAGACUGUUGUUUAAGUUGGACCAAUUGUUAUCAUCAAGAGCAAGACAUCACUUUAACAAACAAUUGAAACUCAUUUUUUAUCUUUUAAUUAGAGUUCUUAGUGCAAUAGUAGAAAAAAAAGAAUUUUAAAAAGCAACCUUGGUGUGUAGUUUAGACUGUUCUGCUUUCAACCACCUCCAACAUUGAUAACGUUUUAAAUCCUAAAAGUACAACUUGAGCAUGGAAUGCUUAGGUCUUACAACAAACAUAUUUAUGUAAUGAAGAUUCUUGGGUUAAACUAGAAGAAAUUGCUUCAUUGCUUCAUUAAAUCUUAUGAAAACCAUAAAGUAGCCUGGUUCUCAAAAUAAGUUGCUAAAUAUUUAAAAGCAAAUAUUUUUAGUUAGUUUAUUACAUAUAAAACAAAAUUAGCAUAUAUUUUUAGUUAGUUUUAUUACAUAUAAAACAAAAUUAGCAAAUAUUUUAGUUAGUUUUAUAACAUAAAAAAAAAAAAGUUUUAUAACAUAAAAAAAAUUAGCAAAUAUUUUUAGUUAGAUUUAUUACAUAUAAAAUAAAAUUAGCAAAUAUUUUUAGUUAGUUUUAUUACAUAUAUUAGCGAAUAUUUUUACACAUAUGACAAAUUAGUCUCUGCUGAAUUGUGAAAAUUAUUUUUAUUUUUUAACACAAUUUUUUAUAUUGCUUUUUUUUUCUAACUUUUUUUAUACAUAGAGAUGUUUCUUAUUGCUUUAAUUUUUAAAUUAUUUUUCAUCCUGACAUUUGACUAAAUAUUGGCUUUCAAACAUAUAACUCCUGUCACUUAUAAAUUGUAUUUGAUUGUGCCCAAUAUCUUGCAUGCUGCAUUUAUUUAUAAGGUUUUCUCUAUUGGUGAUAGCACCUUUUUUAUUUAUUAUGACAUAUCAAAAAAAUGUAUACGGAAUUAUUUUUUCAUUUUGUUGUGAUUCUAAGAUCAAAAAACAAAAGUUCAGUUUAUAGAUGUACGUACGCAGAUAAAUGUAUAUUCGAUUGGCUGAAAUAAUUCACAUUGCUCAAACAAACAAAAAAAAAAUUUUGAGAAUGUUAAGUUGCAUCAAAGUAGUAAUAUGAUAUUUGCUCUUUUUAUAUAUUUAUAACAUACAUAUUAGGUUUUGGUGUCUAUAAUCUUAUAUUUUUUUCAGUAAGUAGUUCCUUAUUUUUACUACUGCUGUAGAAUAUAAAAUGAUUUAUUAUAAACAUGUAUUUAUACAUUAACUUUGGAAUAUAGUAGAAUUUACUAUCUAUCCAUCUGUCUCUUCAUAUAUUUUUUUCUAUAAAAAAAAAAAUAUUCCUAUACACAACUCUACUUUGUUGUCAUGUCUGCUGUCCUCAAAGGUCUUUCAUCCAGUAAUACUCCAGGGCUUUGUUGCUUAAAAUAUAUAUGUCGUCUAAUGUUGUCAGAUGUGUACCUAAAGUUUUCUUAGGAAAUGAAAGGGAUGCAACUCUGCUAAAAAAAACAACUACAUAAAGUUGAGUGCCAUCCAAAACUGUGAUUGAUUCUUUAAGUUUCAGAUAUUCACAAAUAUUUUCUUAACAUGCAAUAUUACAAAGCUAUAAUUCAACAUCGAACUGCAACCAUAUCAUUAUGAUAGAUAUUAAGUGCUAUUAUUGUUGAUAAAAUAUUUUUUUUUGCAAUACUGUUUGAAAUGGAGAAAAAAAAAAGAUAUUAACAUUAACACAACUUGUUGUAUGUGCAUACUAUUUAUUUGUACCUCUUUUUUUUUUUAUUUGAACAUAACCACACACAACUGGGAAUAUAUAUAUAGUGUUUUUGAAUUAGUUCUAUUAAAUGAUAAUUUGUAUGUUUUUGUUUUACACACUUUCUGACAGUAAAGUUAUUGUGAAGAUUGGACUCUUGGUUAAAAUGUUUUUAUUUUGUAUUAUAUUUUUGACCUGCAGGGCUAUAAAUUUGUUAAUUCGGAUUUAGUGUUGUAUAUUAUAGAUUAGAUAUAAUAUUCAGAUUAUAUAUAUAAUUCUUUAUUCAAACUAAGUAAAAUAAUGGAACAGUGUAUUAAUUAACUUUACUAAAUCAAAAAUAGUUCUAUGUAGGUUCUUUUUAUUCUGAUUAUAUUUUUGUAGAUAUAAAGCAACAACAAAAUGUGUAUUUUUUUGUUAACUCUAUCUCUUUUGUUUAACUUUGGUUUUCUGUUUAUUAGCCCAGUGAUUGUAGUCCAUGUCACUGUGACAUAGAUCUCAAGUUGUGCUAGACACACCCCUGUUGUUAAUGUUGUCUGAAACUAAUUAGUGAUAUUUUACUGAAAAAAUCUCAUGCUGUAUAUUAACUUAAAAUACUCUUUGUGUUUUUACAAAUACUGUUGGAUUGUGAAAUUGUUUUGUUAGUAUUUAUAUGCACUAAUCUUUUCAUAGGCCUUAGGCCACUUCAUUUUUAUUGAUGACUUAAUUCAACUGUGUUAAAUAGUGACCUUUUUUUUUUUAUUUUUUAACAAAGCUGUAAAAAUACAUUUAGUAUUCUGUCAAUAUUUAUGUUUUAUACAAUAGUGCAUUGAAAUUAUUUUUUUUUUUUUUUUUUUUUUUUUUUUUUUUUUCCAAAUAGAUUUAUUCUCAUUGCUGCUAACUUGUCUUUUGAAAGUAAUGUGACAAUAUUUCUGGACUUAAAAAUUAUUUAUUGCUAAAUCUAUGCUUCAAAAAAAAAAAAAAAAAAAAUUCUAAAUAGCUAUUGCACUCUUUCUUCCAUUUAAUAUUGACCUUGUAUAUUGUAAUCACUGGAUUGGGUAGUAGAUUUGCUUCUUGCCAACUAUGUGUGAAGUAAAACAUUUAAUCAUUAAAAAACAAAAUUAUCUA